AUUACACAAAUACUGUCCUCCUAAGUCUGCAAGUCCCUCAACAAUGAAACACACACAAAAAAGGAUAUAAAAAUCACCAAAAAAGAGAUAAGAAGAAACAGACGAAGUGGAAAAGGGAAGAAAAUUACGACAAAGACCAAAACGAAGAUUGGAACUGGAGUUAGGUCAGGUACAGGUGCAGCAGCAAGCGGACCAAAUGCGUGGCAAAUGAAGAUUAGAUGUAAAGUUAACAGCUGGCAAAGAUCAUAGUGUAAAUACACAAAGGUGCCUUCUCCAGCAGCAACAGCAACAACAACAAUAGCAACAGCUGCCUGAGUGUGAGUGUGUGUGUGUGUCUGUGUGUGUGUAGGUGCGUGAUUAAUUUACAAAACAUUCAGGCCCACACCUCGUAACAAAAUAUUAAGCCGUCGAGCAAAACACAUGAUGUGGUCGUUCUUUUCGCGCGACUCUUCUAAAGAUUUUCCUUAUGAAAUUGGCGAACCAGUUGCUGGCUUCGAUAACUACUCAAUAUGGCAAUUGCACAAGGCAAAGCGUAAGGGCACUCUGGAGGAGGUGUCUGUAUUUGUAUAUGAUAUUCGCAGCGGAUCCGAUACGAAAUGUGAACUGGCCAAGGCAUCGUUGAAGCGACUUAAAACAUUGCGUCAUCCCAGUAUAUUGCAAUACCUUGAUUCGUUGGAAACGGACAAAAUGCUAUAUGUGGCCACGGAGGCCGUAGAUCCAUUGGGAACAUAUUUCACCAAACUGGCCACGGAUAGUGUGCAAAAAGGCCUUUACCUAGCGUGGGGGAUAUUUCAAAUAACCCGUGCUCUAUCCUUUCUCAAUAACGAUGGUAAUCUGAGGCAUAACAAUGUCUCCGCCUGGUCAGUAUUUGUUAAUGCAUCUGGUGAAUGGAAACUGGGUAGUCUGGAGUUUGUCUCAGCGGCCGACGGCAAUCCCAUGCCUCCCGUGAAAAUACCCGUUACCCUAGAAGUCUACGACGCACCCGAAAAAAAUGACCAAAGCAAGCUUAAAGCUGCUACAAAGUGCUCUGUGGAUAUGUGGGGACUAGGUUGUCUGGUGUGGGAGGCCUUUAAUGGCGUUCUAAAGCAACGCUCUAAUCUUAAGGAUAUUGAACAUAUUCCCAAAUCUCUACAAUCACUUUAUUGCGAACUAGUCGGUGCCUCACCAUCGAAUAGACCCAAUCCGGCGGAUAUUAUAACAAGAUGCCGUAAGCCGGGUGGCUUUUUUAAGAAUGAUUUGGUGGAUACAUUGCUUUUUCUGGAGGAAAUACAAAUCAAAGAUAAAGCGGAGAAGAAUCGUUUUUUCAGCGGCUUAACAACGCAUUUGGACUAUUUUCCCGAUAAUGUGUGCAAGCAUAAAAUUCUACCACAACUGAUAACCGCCUAUGAGUAUGGAGAUGCGGGCUCAGCGGUGCUGGCGCCCAUGUUUAAGUUGGGUAAACUGUUGGAUGAAGUGGAAUAUCAGAAGCGCAUUGUUCCCUGUGUGGUUAAACUAUUUGGUUCCACGGAUCGUGUUACCCGUUCACGACUUUUGCAACAGUUGGAUUUGUUUAUUGCGCAUUUACAGCCACAGGUUGUCAAUGAUCAAAUAUUUCCACAAGUGGCCCAUGGUUUUUUGGACACAAAUGCCACAAUUCGCGAGCAGACUGUUAAAUCCAUCAUUCAUUUGGCUCCUAAGCUCAAUUAUAACAAUCUCAAUGUGGAGGUAUUACGUCAUUUUGCCCGAUUGCAGGCACGCGAUGAUCAGGGCGGCAUACGCACCAAUACUACAGUGUGUCUUGGCAAGAUUGCCCCACAUUUGCAUCCGCAAGUGCGACAGCGUGUUCUAGUUUCAGCUUUUAUACGUGCCAUGCGUGAUCCAUUUCCGCCAGCUCGAGUAGCUGGUGUUCUGGCGCUGGCCGCCACUCAGCAAUAUUUUCUACUCAGUGAGGUGGCUAAUCGUGUCUUGCCAUCAUUGUGUUCCCUAACCGUGGAUCCAGAGAAAACUGUAAGAGAUCCGGCCUUCAAGACCGUUCGCGGUUUUUUGGGCAAACUGGAAAAGGUGUCCGAAGAUCCCAGUUUACGUGAGACCAUGGAGGCGGAUGUUCAUACAGCGACACCAUCAAUAGGUAAUGCAGCUGCCACAUGGGCGGGAUGGGCAGUUACAGCUGUAACAGCCAAAUUCUAUCGAAGCCAAAGUGAUUCAUCGCGACCACGACCACCUUUAACAGGACGAAAUCUUUCCAAACCGGCAUCUUUGGAACAACCAUCAAGCAGCAGCUUAUCGACAACCACCAGUAGCGUUACCUCAAUGACCUCACUUGAGCAUGAAAGUAAUGAUACCUCAGCAUCGGCUUCCGAUUAUGGCAACAACGAUUGGGAUAAUGAGAAUUGGGGUGAAAUGGAUACCUCACAGGAUCCUAGUAGUCCAUUGGCAGCCAGUUCCAAUAAUGGUCAAUUAGUGGCAGCUAAUGCACUCAAUGAAGUACGUGACGGUUGGGAUAAUGAGGAAUGGGGUAGUCUUGAAGAGGAUCCGUGUGAGGAAGAAGAACAAGCGGAACAAGAGCAACAACAACAGCAAAUGGCCCGACAAUCCAUAUCCUCGACAACAUCUUCCAGCCAGCAUCAUCAUCAUCAACAGCAGCAGCAGCUAAAUGAUCUGAACGAUCUUAUAGAUCCAAUGAGCAAAAUAAACAGCGGUUCACAGCUGCGACCCAAAGAGCUGCCCAAUCUUUCCAGCAGUAAUACGUCGCCAACAGCCAACUGUAAUAAUAUAAGCCCGCCAUCAUCGCACUUAAACAACUCCACGCACAAUGCCAAUUGGAAUAGUGAUUCAUGGGCUGAUGGUGAAUUCGAACCGCUGGAUGAAGCGGGUACGGGUAACAGCAAACUGGAUGAGGCCCGUCGUAAACGGGAAGAGAAGAAACUUCAGCGUCAACGUGAAUUGGAGGCACGACGAGCCCAGCGUGUCAGUGGCCCAAUGAAAUUGGGCGCCAAAAAGCUUUAAAAGGAAUAUUUGAUAAAUAGAAUUGCAAUGUAUAUUUUAUAAAGGCCCAAAGUAAAUUUUGUAUAUUACUCUAAAUGUCUCGUCCUACUUUCCACAUUCUCAGUGUGUGUGAUUUUGUUUUUUGUUUCGUUAUUCCUUUUUAAUUUUUUGCAUUUAAUGCAAAAUCUCAGUGUUUCGAGCCUCCAUUUCGAUACCAUAUUUAAUAUACAUUUAUAUAUACAUAUAUAGAAAUACUUCAUAAUUAUAUUAUGAUUAAUUGUAAAACUCUAAACACGAUAUUAUUUAAAUAUAUUCAAUUGUAAAGCACUUUGUAAUUAAGAAUGACGAAAACAAAACAAAAACAAAAAGUUGACAACUAAAAACAAAAAAAGAAUGAAAAAAACAAGGAAAACUAACCAAGUAGCUAGUAAAUUACUCCAAAUUUAUACUUUAGUAAGCGAAUUAACUUUAAACGACAACUGAAACGAAUACGAAUUAAUGCAGAAAUGCCCUAGUAGAGUAACUUCAUUAAAAAAAAAAGGAAAAAACAAAAAAAUUACCAACAAA